AUGGCACGCGCAGGUCCUUCUCGUUCUCAACGUGCUACGCAACCUUCACAAUCACAGCCCCAGUUUCGUAAACCUAAUCAGUCGCAGAGGACGCGUCGAAAGCCUCGUACCCCAGAGGAGGAUGAAGACGACGAGGGAGAAGCAGGUCAAGAGAAUGAUCCUGAUCCUGACGAUGAUGAUAGCGACUCAAACGAAGAUCAGGAUCUCAACCAGAAGGCCUACUCCUUAGUCCGUCUGGCUCUGUUCCAGGAGCAGAAGCGUCUUCCUCUACGUCGAGAGGAGAUAUCAAAGAAAGUUCUAGGAAGUAAACGCGGCUCAUUCAAGGUCGUAUUCGAAGCAGCUCAGAACAUCCUUCGAGAUACCUUCGGGAUGGAGCUUGUCGAACUCCCAACUCGCGCAGCUGCACAGGAAUCCGAAAGAGACAAGAAAUUUGAAAAAGAUAAGACAGAGAACGAGCAGAACGGCGGGGACGAGAACCGGCAAACCCUCACAGGUCUCAAAAAGAAAGAGUCUGCAGCAGCAACAGACGCGUCGAUACUUGCUCAGGAAUCCGCUGACGCGCCAGAUGGCGAUGACGAUGAUGAAGUCGGCACAAACCUCUACGGGAGCAUCAUCGCAUGGAAUAGCUCUGAUCAGCUAGGCGCCCUCGGUAUUUUGCAUGUCGUACUUGCCAUCGUUUUGGUAAAUGGCAGGGUUAUUAGCGACAUGGACCUCCGGACGGCCCUCAAACGCCUCCGUCUUGUGCCAACGGCUUCUAUACCCCUCUCAGCUGCCUCCACUCACCGCUCAAUACAGCUCGAAGCUUACCUUUCCCUGCUCUUGCGCCAAGGCUACCUCGAUCGUAUCCGUCUCGGCGGGUCAAAAGGGGGCAACAAGCGUGGGCGCACGACACAAUCACAGGCACAGACGCAGCACGACGGCGACGGCGAGGUCGCCUGGGAGUGGCGUUGGGGUGUGCGCGCGAUGACUGAGAUCGGCGAGGCGCCGGUGGCGCGUUUCGUGGCAGAGUUCAUCGCUGAACGGAUGGCCAGCAAUGACAGUGAAAGUGAAGACGAGGACGAUAAUGGAGAGGCUGCGAGGAAGCGGGCCAAGAAGAGAAAAGAGGAGGCGAAUAAACGCUUGGAUGCGCUCACCAAGGGCAUUGAGAAAGCUGCUGGUGGAGAUCUGCAGGAGGUCGUUUGA